AUGUCUAAGUGGAAACAGAGUUACGAAUCAGGCAGGAGGUACAAGGAAAAAUGGGAGAAGCAGUUUACCUGGCUGGAGAAAAUGUCCAACGGAUCAGAAAAUGCCUUCUGCAAACUUUGUUGCAAAAUCCUACAACCGAAACUCUCCACCCUGAUCAACCACUCAAAAACAGCUGAUCACAUCAGACAGGAAGAAUUUUACCAGUUGGAAUUAUCAAACCAGCAAGAUGAGGACACCGACCCCCCACACAAGUUAUUACGACUAUCCAAUGGAGAGGACUUAUCAUUCGACGACGAUGACUGGAGCAACUCAAACCUUGAACCCCUUGAUGAUUCUAAAGUUUUUGGAAUGUGGCUGGCCGAUCAACUUCGUAGUUUGAACUCAGAUUCUAAUAGAGAAAAAUUAAAAGGUCUGAUUGAAAAAGUUGUCAAUGAAGUUAGGGAUUUAGACUCUUCUGAAACUACAACAGACCAGCAGUCUGGCUGUGAUGAUUCCGACGUUACUCAGUGUAGCAGUCAGCACUGCAAACACUCAAAAACAUAG